GCUCCUUGUAGAUCGCCAUAUCCUAUCAACCUUUGAAGGGGUUCGCCGCUCCAUUGGUGAUGCAAUCCAGGAAUUCGAUUCUCAAGUGCGCGUCUCCGGAUCGGAUCUGCUUGGGGCGUCUUCGAGCUGCCGGACGAGGAAAUUUCGACGGACCAGCGAAACGGCGACGAUGGACGCCGCACUUAUGUCGGCCGGAUGACCCAGCAGAUGCCGCUGACGUCGGUCGUCUGACCCCGUCAGAUUCGGGCUAAACCCAACCCGAGCCCCAUAUAGCGCUGCUGGUCCGUGCCUGAUGCGGAGAUGGCCGCCUCGCAUCCCGGCGGCCGUCGCUCACCGCCGCACCGGCGCCGCGGCCUCUGCUGCGGCCCCCACCGACGACCUCGUCCGCCAACACAACCGCUCCCUCGCGGCGCUCCUCCGCCGCGGCCGCUUCGCCGCCGCACGGCGCCUCUUCGACGCGCUCCCGGCCCGCUCCGUCGUCACCUGGAACUCGCUCCUCGCGGCGCUCGCCCGCCGCGGCGGCGACGUCCGCGCCGCGCGUGACUUCUUCGACGCCAUGCCCGUCCGCGACGCCGUCUCGUGGAACACGCUCCUCGCCGCGUACGCGCGCUCGCUGCACCCGGACCACCUCGCCGCCGCGCGCCGCCUGUUCGACGAAAUGCCCCAGCGCGACACUGUCACGUGGAACACCCUCCUCGGCGCCUGCGCUCACCGAGGGCUCAUGGACGAUGCCCAGAAGCUGUUUGACGAGAUGCCACACAGGAACACUGCUUCUUGGAACACCAUGGUCACCGGGUUCUUUGCUGUUGGGCAGGUGAGGAAGGCAUUGGACGUGUUUGAGGCGAUGCCUGUCAAGGACUCUGCAUCGCUGUCCACACUGGUCUCUGGGUUUACCAAGAAUGGCUGGCUGCACAAGGCUGAGGAGCUGUUGACAAAGCGCUUGAGGGUGAUGGACAUGGACAAGGCUGUUGAUGCUUACAACACUCUGAUUGCUGCUUAUGGACAAGUUGGGAGGGCUAGUGAUGCAAGAAGAUUGUUUGAUAUGAUACCAAAAGCACAGCGCCAACACAAGGUACAUAAGAGGAGGGUGUUUGAGAGGAAUGUUGUGUCGUGGAACUCGAUGUUGAUGUGCUAUAUCAGAACUGGAGAGAUUUGCUCAGCUAGGGCAUUGUUUCACGAGAUGCCAGAUAAGGACUUGGUGUCAUGGAACACUAUGAUUGCAGCAUAUACUCAAGCCUCAGACAUGAAGGAGGCAGAGAAGCUGUUUUGGGAUGUCCCAGACCCUGAUGCAGUUACUUGGAAUUUAAUGAUACGAGGAUUCACACUAAAGGGGGAGGUGGAACAUGCUCGGGGAUUCUUUGAUAGGAUGCCAGAGCAUGGAACCAUCACGUGGAAUACAAUGAUAUCUGGUUAUGAGCAAAAUGGGGACUAUGAUUGUGCAAUCAAGCUAUUUCAAAGGAUGCUAGAACUUGGUGAGAGGCCUGAUCGCCACACUUUCUCUUCAGUUCUAGCAGCAUGUGCUUCACUUGCUAUGUUGCGCCUUGGGGCUCAGCUCCACCAACUUAUUGAGAAGUCAUGUCUGCCAGAUAUCGCAAUCAGCAAUGCACUUAUAACAAUGUACUCCAGAUGUGGCGAACUAACCAAUGCGAAGGUCAUCUUCAAGCAGAUGCGUACACAAAAAGAUUUAGUUUCUUGGAAUGCACUGAUAGGAGGUUAUGAGCACCAUGGCCGUGCUACAGAAGCCUUGCAGCUGUUUGAGGAGAUGAGGAGUGCCAAGGUUAUGCCAACUCACAUAACUUUCAUUUCUCUCCUGGGUGCAUGCGGAAAUGCUGGCCUUGUCUCCGAAGGACGGAUGGUUUUUCAUACCAUGGUUCACGAGUAUGGCCUUGCUGCUAGGGUUGAGCACUAUGCUGCAUUCGUCAAUCUCAUAGGACGAUAUGGCCAGCUUGAGGAUGCAUUGGAGGUGAUAAAGAGCAUGACAAUUGCUCCAGACCGAUCUGUGUUGGGGGCAUUCCUCGGAGCUUGCACUGCUAAAAAGAACAAACCUCUGGCUCAGAUGGCCGCCAAGGCAUUAUCCAAGAUUGAUCCUGAGAGUUCUGCUCCAUAUGUUCUGAUGCAUAACUUGCAUGCCCAUGAGGGGAGGUGGGGAAGUGCAUCUGUGGUUAGGGAAGACAUGGAACGGCAAGGUAUUCACAAGCAUCCUGGGUACAGCUGGAUUGAUCUGCACGACAAGAUCCAUGUGUCCACUCCUGGUCAGAUUUCAUAACUUGACGCUGGAGAACAAAAACAGACUCAUGUAAAUGGUUCACUUUUCCAUAAUGCAGUGAUUUGCCUGCCUUUGGGGUUUGGAUAGCGUGGCACCCAGGAUUGAGUGAAACCUCUCUCUCUCUCUCUCUCUCUCUCUCUCUCUCUCUCUCUCUCUCUCUCUCUCUCUCUCUCUCUCCAUUUUCUACCUCUUAAAUGAAUAUAUAAUGCCAUGGACAUCCAAGAAAAGUACUAUUAUAUGAAUAAAGAAAAAAUCUUAGCCUAGAUCCAAAAACAUGCCAUGGACAUCCAAGAAAAGUAGGAGUAUUUUGAUUGAGUAGCACUAGUCGAUUCAGGUGGUUGUUCUAUAUAAACUCAAAUAGGUAAAGGAGAUAAAUUUUUAUAGAUAAUGGUAAAGGAAACCUAUAGGGUAAAGUUUUCUUCGAAAAAAUUUAUAGGGUAAAAGUAAUAGAUACUUCCUCUGAUCCCUUAUAUAAGUCAUCUAGCUAUUCUCAGAUGAACUAAAUACUCCCUCGGUCUCAAAAUAGAUGACAUUUUAACCUAUUCUACAAUAUUCAAAAUAUAUAAUAUUUUAUAAUUUUAAGGUAACUUUAGUUCAAGUUUUCAGUCUUACCCUUACAUUAAGUAACUUCCUUCUCUAUAAAAAUCUCAUUUCUUAUGCAAUUAAUGGUAUUAAAAGAGGGUAAGAUGGUAAUUUUAUCUUUUAUCUUAAUACUUGUGCUCAGCUUUGAAACAUUAUCUUUUUUGAGACGAAGGGAGUAUAAGUCCAUCAACAACUCUAAUGCAUCUUUUUACCUCUACUUUCCUGUUUUUCUCCUAUAUAAAUGCACCUAAUCAAUGGAGUAAACAAGCUAAUUACCUUAAUAAUGACAUUGAAUGAAGCACAAUAGGGUAUUUGCAUCAUCUACCUUAGUUUGUGUGCAUAAGUCUAAAUGGACUUAUAUCUAUACUCCUAUAAAAUGCACGAGUUGUGAUAGAUCUGAUCGAUCUUCAUCAUCCACCCGAAUUGAACAAACAGUCAGCGUGCAAAAUUGGAUCACAUUCCUCCUUUCAAAAAUACAUUCAAUCUCCCAUUAUUUAUCUUCUAUACUUAGGCGACCAAUAUUUGCCUUACAUACAUUUCGAAAAUACAUUCAAUCCUCUAUUAUUUGCCUUCCACAUCUAGAAGUCAAAUAUUUAUCUUUCAUAUAUUUACCGUUAUGUUUCUCCAGAGGGUGUGCUGCCUCCUGCACUUCACCUACAACGCCAGCUUUCUCCAGAGGGUGCGUCGCCUCCCGCACUUCGCUUACAAUGUCGACUUUCUGAAGAGGGUGUGAUGCCGCCCGUACAUCGCCUCCACCGCCAUUUACCACGAAGGUCGCCUCCAUCGUGUUAUCUUUACACCAAAGUACUAUGCAAAAAUUAUUUUUAUCUCCUCAUAAAUCGGUCACUAUCUUGAUUAUUCUCACAACGUUGCUACAGAUGGUCAACUCUGAACAAUAUAGUUCCCUCCACUCUCCUGUUCAGAUACUCAUCAUUCUCCUACUUCCUAAAAUUACUUGUGAAUUUCGUGUAUGCAAAUCUCUCAAUAUUAUGGUAUAUUUUUUUAUUUCUUCGGAUUGUUAUAUUCUAGAUUGAUUCUACAUGUGUGAAAUACGUGUGUAGUUGCCAGUA